AUGGAUACCAGUAAUGAAACUACCCCAUCAGUAUUUAUCCUUCUGCCAAUUUUUAACCUUAAUGAAUGGCAUUACCUCCUUCUUACAUUCAUGCUCAUCACCUAUAGCUUUACAUUGAUGGGGAAUGUUCUGAUUAUACUCCUUAUCUUCCUGGAACCAGGACUUCAAACCCCCAUGUACUUCUUCCUGGGCAAUCUUUCCCUCCUGGACCUUGGCCAAACAACUACUACAGUUCCUCAGAUAAUAGUGCACCUGGUCUCAGGAAUGAAUAUCAUCUCAUAUAAAAGAUGCAAGACACAACUCUUUUUCUUCCUUUUAUUCAUUGGCACUGAGACACUGCUGUUGACUGCCAUGGCCUAUGAUCGUUAUGUCGCCAUCUGCAAUCCUCUCCGCUACCAUGUGGUUAUGAAUCUGAAAAUCUGCGCCCACCUCAUAUCAGCAUCUUGGCUGACCAGUUCUCUCAAUGCUACCAUGCACAUGCUGUUCACAUUCAGACUGCCACUUUGCGGAGUCAAUGAAAUCAACUACUUCUACUGUGACAUCCCUCCUCUUCUAGCUAUCUCCUGUGGGGACAUCUCCAACAACAUUAUUGCCAUCUUGGCUGCUAGCCCUGUUAUGGGAUUUGGACCUGCCACAUGCAUUGUAAUUUCCUACACUCACAUCAUCUGGAGGAUUCUGAAAAUGAAUUCUUCAGCUGGGAUGAGGAAGACCUUUUCUACCUGUACUUCUCAUCUCACUGUUGUCUUGCUCUUCUUUGGCAGUUGCAUUUUUAUGUACAUCAGGCCCAUCUCCAACCACUUACUCAACAAUGACAUGAUUAUUUCACUACUUAAUAAUAUCCUCUCUCCUAUGUUAAACCCACUGGUCUACACCUUCAGAAACAAAGAUGUGAAGGAGGCACUGCGAAAGAUAGUGAAGAAGUGGUCACUGUGA